AUGUUAAUAGGAACAGCCUAUUCGGUGUUAAUUAGAUUAGAACUAUCUGGCCCUGGUGUUCAGUUUAUAGCUGACAAUCAGCUAUACAAUUCUAUAAUUACUUCACACGCUAUAUUAAUGAUCUUCUUUAUGGUCAAAAAAAAACAAAUAAAUACAUUUUCAGUAACUUCGGUAAAAAAGUUUCAUACUGAGGUAAAAAUAGGUAAUGAAAAUAACCAAAAAGAUCCUUUAAAUUCAAAACAUAAAUAUACUAAGGUUUUAGUAGAAGAUCCUUAUAAUAACAGAGAUAUUAUAGCUAGAGUCGCAAAAAAACAAAAAGGUGUGUAUGUUUGGGGAACAUUAGAUAGUAAAAAUAUGUAUGUAGGUCAUUCUAUAAAUUUAUACAACCGUAUAUGUUCAUAUUUUAUGCCAUCUAUAUUAAAAACUAAAGAACGAAGAGUUCUUAGGUAUUUAAAUAAGUACGGUUUUACUAAUCUAAAACUAACUAUAUAUAUUAUGGAAGAUUCAGCUAGUUUAGAACAAAUAGUAGAAUUAGAACAACAUUUUAUAGAUAGCUUAAAUCCUAAUUUAAAUGUAGACUUAGUAGCUAGUAGUUCUGGAUAUCAUGAACCCAUGAGUCAAGAAAUGCGAGAACAACUAAGGAAACAAAGAGGUACACCAAUUUUUGUAUAUGACGCAAAUGAUUUUACUUUAUUAUAUGUUUUCGAUUCUAAAAAUUAUAUGUAUAAUACAAUUAAUAUUCACCAUAAAACCUUCAAUGAUUGUAUAGAUUAUGGAAAAUUAUACUUAGAUACUUUUUUCUUCUCUUUAGAUCAAAUUGAAGAAAGUGCUAGUACUAAUUUAUUAACUUUAGAUGAAAUUAAGUCUCUUGUAUCAAAAAAACGAGAGAUUUAUGAAGUUAAACAUCCUGCAUCUAAAUCUAUCUUAGCUGAGUUUAAAGACGAUUCUAGGUUAAAUAAAGAAUUUAGUUCCUUAGGUUCUUUAGCCAAGGAGCUUAAAGGAGAUCGUGCGGUAAUUAGAGAAUAUUUAAAGGGAACUAAGUCUGGUUAUUAUAGAGGUAAAUGA